CUGCACAUCCCCUACGUCAUAACGAGAGACGAGGUAGUCAAUGCCUAUGGAAGUCAACAAGAAAUGUUCUAGCAAAGUUUCUGGCUAGUAAUUCCAUCUGGUAGAAAGUUGUUUUCAGUUAGCUUCACUUGGAACAGUCAAGACAAAGAUGUUGGCUUUCUUCCUAGUCUUGUACAUUGGCUGUUUUCAGGUUUCGGAAGUGUCUAUGUCCAAGUGUGACGACCGCCAUAUUCAAGAACAGUUCUUCAAGCCAGGUCAGGACCUGCACAUGUGGUGUAACCAUAGUAACAUGGGCCUAUCGGGUAGGGAUAACAUGCAGUUAAAAUCCUUCAGACUUGAACUGCAGCGAAGUGGAGCCUCCCGCUCCUAUAAAUGGAUAAAGUCAGCAGAAGAAGACAUCCAUUCCUUCAAUAUUACAGAGGACCUGCCACUUGGAAGCGUUUGGAAAAUCGAGACCAACAGAGUAGCCAGCGAACUGUUGUACAAACCCAGUGACACCCAUGUCCACCUGGUCGUCAGGCACGCUUCGCCUCGAGAUGUUGGACUGUAUCAUUGCUACAUCAAGGCCAAGAGACGCGUCUCCGAGUCUCAUGAUUGGAGCGAGUACAGUGGAGUGAGCCAACCCAUCUACUUCUCGCUCAUAGGUCAGUCAAUCUAUGAAAACGAUUACGCUGAUUGCUAAGCAAGGUCAUAGCAAGGUCAUAGCAAAGUCAUCGUUUGUGUCAGGAACAAAAGAACACUGGUAUAGAAAGCUUAAUGAAUUAUUUUGAAAUUGUCUUAAGGGACAAGAAUGUUAUGGUCUCAACCUCCAAACCUGCUGCCAUCGAAGCCAAGAAGUAAUUUUUUUUGUAUUAGAUGUAUGGGUCAGUACUUCUAUAUGAUCUAGUACUUCUAUACGAACAAUUACCUAUAGGUAUAUGAAAUACUUCUACAAGAAUGUAUACUUCUCUGCGAAUCAGUAUUUCUGUAUGAACUAGUACAUUUAUAUGAAUCAGUACUUCUGUAUGAACAAGUACCUCUAUGUAAAUCAGUAUUUCUUUAUGAACUAGUACCUCUAUAUGAAUUAGUACUUCUGCAUGAACCAGACUUCUAUAUGAACCAGUACUUCUAUAUGAAUUAUUACUUAUGUAUGAACUAGUACCUCUAAAAGAUAUAGUAUUUCUGUAUGAACUAGUACCUUUAUAUGAAUUAGUACUUCUGUAUGAACUUGUACCUCUAUAUGAAUUAGUACUUCUGUAUGAACUAGUACCUCUAUAUGAAUCAGUAUUUCUGUAUGAACUAGUACCUCUAUAUGAAUUAGUACUUCUGUAUGAACUAGUACCUCUAGAUGAAUUAGUACUUCUGUAUGAACUUGUACCUCUAUAUGAAUUAGUAUAUCUGUAUGAACUAGUACCUUUAUAUGAAUCAGUAUUUCUGUAUGAACUUGUAGCUCUAUAUGAAUUAGUAUUUCUGUAUGAACUUGUACCUUUAUAUGAAUUAGUACUUCUGUAUGAACUAGUACCUCUAUAUGAAUUAGUACUUCUGUAUGAACUAGUACUUCUAUAUGAAUUAGUACUUCUGUAUGAACUAGUACCUCUAUAUGAUAUAGUAUUUCUGUAUGAACUAGUACCUCUAUAUGAAUUUGUACUUCUGUAUGAACCAGUACCCCUAGAUGAAUUAGUACUUCUGUAUAAACUAGUACCUUUAUAUGAAUUAGUACUUCUGUAUGAACUUGUACCUCUAUAUGAAUCAGUAUUUCUGUAUGAACUAGUACCUCUAUAUGAAUCAGUAUUUCUGUAUGAACUUGUAGCUCUAUAUGAAUUAGUAUUUCUGUAUGAACUAGUACCUCUAUAUGAAUUAGUACUUCUGUAUGAACUAGUACCUCUAUAUGAAUUAGUACUUCUGUAUGAACUAGUACUUCUAUAUCAAUUAGUACUUCUGUAUGAACUAGUACCUCUAUAUCAUAUAGUAUUUCUGUAUGAACUAGUACCUCUCUAUGAAUUAGUACUUCUGUAUCAACUAGUACCUCUAUAUGAAUUAGUACUUCUGUAUCAACUAGUACCUCUAUAUGAAUUAGUAUUUCUAUAUGAACUAAGUACCUCUAUAUGAAUUAGUACUUCUGUUUGAACUAGUACCUCUAUAUGAAUUAGUACUUCUGUAUGAACUAGUACCUCUAUGAAUCAAUAUUUCUGUAUGAACUAGUACCUCUAUAUGAAUAAGUACUUCUGUAUGAACCAGUAUCUCUAGAUGAAUUAGUACUUUUGUAUUAGCUAGUACCUCUAUGAAUCAUUAUUUUAACCAGAACACGUCUAUUUGAGUUGAACAUCGAUUUCAACGUAACCAUUUGAUAACAUUUCUGAUCUGAAAGUUACGAGUCAAAUAAUGAGAAAAUAUUUUCAAAGUCAUAAUAAAAUUAUGCUCAAAUCACAUUGA